CGCCACUAUUACCAUGUUAAGUACGACGGUUUUUCGCACAAUGGAGCUAUUGCCAUGGGAAAAGUUCAGAGGAAGGACAUUAGGCCAUGCCCUCCUCUUGUGGAGAUAUCCGGGAGUUGUGUUCCUGGUGAGAUUGUUGAAGUUUUUGAGAAUAGCUCUUGGAAAGCUGCGAAGAUUGUGGAUGUUCUUGGUAGUGGGAAUUACUCUGUGCUCGUGCUUGGUGGAUCCUCUGACAAGCUUGAAGUAGAAAAAUCUAACGUUAGAAUCCCGCAGUCGUGGAAUGGCGAUAGAUGGGUCUUAGUCAAUAAGGAGUCUGAAAAAUUAAAUGAACGAAAGACCGAAAUACCAUGGGAAAGAGGGAGCGUCGACAACCAAAGACUGCAACAAUAUGCAGAGGUGCGGCGCUUCAAAAAAUGUGGCAAACGUGAUGAUGAACCUUAUAGGAUUUCUGUAAGAGGCUUGAAGAAAAGGUUGGAUAAUAAAGCAGGAGCUGGGAGAAAGAUGGGAGCAGCGAGGAAAGUGAGGAAGCGCCGAAGUUUAUUUCCUAAAAUGGGCCAAAAUUGGAGGCCUGCGAAGCUUGCUUCUGUAGGGCCAAGAUGCUGGUAUUCUACGAUCACAACACUUGGGAAAUAAUGGCUACUGGCUUGGAUCAACUCCACCAGAAGUUAACUAGCAACUUUAAAUAUCUAUACCACUGGGCACCAAAACAAAUGAAUGAAUUUCCCUCUUCCCUUUUCUAUUAUUUCUUACUUUUUCACUGAAGGUUUAACGUCUGCAGUCCUAUACCUUUUGAUAAUGUGUAUUGUCUUGCUUUUCAUUACAAUAGUGAGCUUGUAAAUGCUGCAGUUUCAAAUUCUACUAGAAUUUUCUACUAGAAUUCGUCUUUUUUAGAUAUCACAUUCUAGGAAUCAUGGCACUGUAAAUCUUAAAAGACACGACAAUGCAAACAAACAUAAAGACAUUAAAACCAAACUCCUCAACAUGAUAGUAAGUAGUGCAUACUUCACCAAAGGUAGAAAGAACGAAAAUCAAUUUUUAAUGACUAACAUAUAUUGUUUAAAUUUAAAAGGUAUCUGAAGUCUUAUCUAAUAUUAAGCCCUAUGCAAAGCCCAUGAUGCACCUCACAAUUUAGAAGGUGUUUUAGGUUGUUUCAAAAGUGUGUGCGGCCUAUGUAUGAUGAGUCCAUUUACGUUUGUUUGGUCUAGGAACUUCUGUGGUGUGCCUAAAUUUCUCUGAAAAGUUUUAUAGCCACUGCAGCUCCUGACAUGCAAUUUUUCGGCUUUUAUUUUAAAACCUGAAAAGAUUUCAGUAUCUCCAGCGUGUCUCAUGCAUUUUUGAAUUGCUCCGACUUGUUGAUGGCAAAAACAAGCAUAAUUUGUUCCUACUUGGAUUCUGUUUCCCACUACAUGAAUAAUUUUCAUGUGGAUUGCAUGGUAAUCGGAUUUAGAAUUUUUGUUCUGUUAUUUGUGACGAAAUGGAGGAGCACAUAAGCUGGUCUAAGAGUUCACUUUUACUUUGCCUGUAUUAUUCUAUUUUUCUUUCAUGAAUUUUACUACAAAGUGCUGCGUUAUAGUUAUGAGCUUUAUCUUUUGAAUAGGUUAUCCCGAUGAGAUUUUGAAGCUUCAAAGCAAACAGUAUAUACUGACCCUAUCGUAGGAAGAAAUCUGUCUACUUUAAAAGCUUGGUUUUUCCCUAAGCUGGUUUUUGCUUUCAGGUGUUGAUAACUCUAAGGCUGGAGUGAGGUUAUUCUGAACAUUCAAGUGAGUUGUUAGUAACUUUCUUUGUUAUACCGCUGUCCAGGGUCUCAUGGAAAUGAGAUAAUCAAGUAAUUACCUUCCCUGGAACUAUUUUCCUUGAGCAGCCAUGAGCUACAGAGCUUUUUAUGGUAUUUUAUCAAAAUAAAUUGGAUCAGGUAAAGUUGAAAAGUUUAGCUGUUAAUUACAAGUUCUAUUCAUUCUCGUCUUCCUUUCUAGCAGUUAAAUUGUGUGUCGUCCAGAAUGAACUUAUAGUUAUCGUUAAUGAAAUCCUUUGCAAGAAUGUUAUAUAUAGAAGUUAUGCUGUUCGCCUUCGGUCUCAGUAUUAGCUUUUUUUAGCACCGAGACUUGCACAUAUUGAACCUCACUGUUUCAUUUCCAGGGAAUCGAAAGGAGCUAUAAGGGGAAAGUUGGUAGCAAAAUAAAGCUUCUGUGGUCUAGAGGGUACAGACUACGAAGGCAGUUUCGUUUGGUUAAAAUCCAUUUUCAAUGGACAUCCGUAGUUAACAUAUCCAUGAAUGUAUUGAAAUAUUUCUGACUCAUGUUAAAGGUUUUGGAGUAGAAAGUGUUUGCAUAUCGUGAGUGUACUUUUUCAGGCUUAUUCUCUCAAGUUUUAUGAGUUGUGACUUUUGUGCCGUUCUCAUGUCUUGGUCUGCAAAUAACUUGCUUGCUGCUCUUGCCACAAAAAAGGCGUAUACUGAAAAGUGUGAUAAUCUUGGUGGCAUUUUUCUAGCUUUCGUUUUGUUCUCGGCCUAUUCUCAUUUAAAAGAAACUAAAAGAAGUAACCUAUUUCUACAGGCAGCAGAAACUUGUGAACGUGGGGGCCACACCCACGAGCGCGGAGCAGCAAGCGGCAAGCCCGGGUACGACCCACCCAAGAAAUUUCA